UGGGGGAAAAGAAAUCGAGAUUCUCCCGCUGCUGAGAGUGGUCUCCGAGCCCGCGCUGCGCGGGAGUGACGACAUCCGUCGGCGCCAGCAGCCGGAGCGUUGUGGGCGCCAGGUGGCGGGCGCCUGCGCAGUGGCCCCGAGCGGGCGGUUGCUGGUUGGUUGUUGUAGUAACCGGGGAAGCAGCCGUCCGCGGCCGCCGUGAGCCGGGCUGGGAAGGAGGAGGGAGGUAGGCGCUGAGCGCGCUCCCCGCCGGCCCGCCCCGAGCCAUGGGAAGAUGAGACAGGUAUCUGUGCCACCCAAAUUGUUUGAUCCAGUGACUCUGCAAAGAAAGGUCUUUGAGGCCCCCCGUCUGCUGACUGCAUGACAAACCCUAAAGGAAAUGCCAAUCGUGAUGGCCCGGGACCUGGAGGAAACAGCAUCUUCCUCAGAGGAUGAGGAGGUGAUAGGCCAAGAGGAUCAUCCAUGUAUCAUGUGGACUGGAGGCUGCAGGAGAAUUCCAAUUUUGGUAUUCCAUGCCGAGGCAAUUCUGACCAAGGACAACAAUAUUCGAGUAAUUGGAGAACGUUAUCAUUUGUCUUACAAGAUUGUGCGAACAGACAGUCGCCUGGUACGCAGCAUUCUGACAGCCCAUGGAUUUCAUGAAGUUCACCCAAGCAGCACUGACUAUAACCUAAUGUGGACAGGAUCCCACCUGAAGCCCUUCUUACUUCGCACCCUCUCUGAAGCACAAAAGGUUAACCAUUUUCCCAGGUCAUAUGAACUAACCCGGAAGGACCGACUGUACAAAAACAUCAUUCGGAUGCAGCAUACGCAUGGAUUCAAGGCUUUCCACAUCCUCCCUCAGACCUUCCUGCUGCCAGCUGAGUACGCAGAAUUCUGUAAUUGCUAUUCAAAGGAUCGGGGACCUUGGAUAGUAAAACCAGUGGCCUCUUCUAGGGGACGGGGCGUCUACCUGAUCAACAAUCCAAACCAGAUUUCCCUGGAAGAGAACAUCCUGGUCUCCCGUUACAUUAACAACCCCCUGCUCAUAGAUGAUUUCAAGUUUGAUGUGCGCCUCUAUGUGCUUGUGACUUCCUAUGAUCCUCUUGUCAUCUAUCUCUAUGAGGAAGGAUUGGCUAGGUUUGCAACUGUGCGAUAUGAUCAAGGAGCCAAAAACAUUCGGAACCAGUUCAUGCACCUGACAAAUUACAGCGUGAAUAAGAAGAGCGGAGACUAUGUCAGUUGUGAUGAUCCAGAAGUGGAGGAUUAUGGGAACAAAUGGAGUAUGAGCGCUAUGCUUAGGUAUCUAAAACAAGAAGGCAGAGAUACAACUGCGUUGAUGGCCCAUGUAGAAGACCUGAUCAUUAAGACUAUAAUCUCUGCUGAGCUGGCUAUUGCUACAGCCUGUAAAACCUUUGUUCCUCACCGCAGCAGUUGUUUUGAACUCUAUGGCUUUGACGUGCUCAUAGAUUCUACUCUGAAGCCAUGGUUGUUGGAAGUGAAUCUCUCUCCUUCUUUGGCUUGUGAUGCCCCUCUGGACCUAAAGAUUAAAGCCAGUAUGAUUUCAGAUAUGUUCACUGUUGUAGGAUUUGUGUGCCAAGAUCCUACCCAGCGGACAUCAACCCGGCCAAUUUAUCCCACCUUUGAGUCUUCCAGGCGAAACCCUUUCCAAAAAUCUCAGCGUUCUCGUCCACUCUCUGCCAGUGAUGCAGAGAUGAAAAACCUUGUGGGCUCAGCCCGGGAGAAGGUGCCGGCGAAACUAGGUGGUUCUGUGCUUGGUCUGUCAAUGGAGGAGAUCAGAGUUUUGCGGAGGGUGAAGGAAGAGAAUGAUCGGAGAGGUGGAUUUAUUCGGAUAUUCCCUACAUCAGAGACAUGGGAAAUAUACGGGUCCUACCUUGAACACAAAACAUCCAUGAACUAUAUGCUGGCAACACGUCUCUUCCCGGACAGGGGAAACCCAAGAAGAAGCAUAUUGACAGGAAGAACACGAGUAAUGACUGAUGGUGCACCGGAAUUGAAGGUAGAGAGUAUGAAUUCAAAAGCCAGGCUGCAUGCUGCUCUGUAUGAGAGGAAGCUCCUGUCUUUGGAAGUGCGAAAACGUAGACGACGCAGUGGGAAAUUGAGGUCGAGGACAAAAUACCCAGUGAUUACUCAACAAGCUGAAAUGAAUGUUAAAACUGAGACAGAGAGUGAAGAGGAGGAAGAAGUUAUAUUAGAAAAUGAAGAUGAAGAACCGGAAGCUUCCCAGGAAGAGUUUGCAGGGUCCCUUGGAGAAAAUCAAGCCAAAUACACGUCCUCAUUGAGCACAACGGUAGAAAAUUCACCCAAAGAAAAUGCCAUGAAAGUUUCCGAAUGGACUAAUAAAGGCGAACAGUGCUGCAAAAUUGACACUCAGGAACCAGAGCCUAAAUUUAACCUGAUGCAGAUUCUGCAAGAGAAUGGCAAUCUUAGCAAAGUGCAGGCCCGAAUAGCAUUCUCUGCCUAUCUCCAGCAUGUCCAAAUUCGCCUGAUGAAAGACAGCGGAGGUCAAACGUUCAGUGCCAGUUGGGCUGCCAAGGAAGAUGAACAGAUGGAGCUAGUGGUUCGUUUCCUCAAGCGAGCAUCAGGUAACCUCCAGCACUCACUGAGGAUGGUGUUACCCAGCCGACGACUGGCACUUCUGGAACGCAGGCGAAUCCUGGCCCAUCAGCUGGGUGACUUUAUCAUCGUGUACAACAAGGAAACAGAACAGAUGGCUGAAAAGAGAUCCAAGAAGAAACUUGAGGAAGAAGAGGAAGAUGGGGUGAAUGCAGAAAAUUUUCAGGAGUUCAUCAAACAAGCAAGUGAGGCUGAGCUGGAGGAGGUGUUGACUUUUUAUACCCAAAAAAACAAGUCUGCAAGCGUCUUCCUGGGGACUCACUCCAAAGGCUCUAAAAACAGCAACAGCUAUUCUGAUAGCGGAGCAAAGGGUGAUCACCCUGAGACAAUGGAAGAAGUGAAAAUAAAGCAGCCCAAACAGCAACAGGCAACAGAAAUUCACUCUGAUAAACUAUCUCGACUUACCACUUCAGCAGAAAAAGAGACUAAAUUAGUCUUUACCAAUCCUUCCUCUGCUUCUUUUUCUGGUCCUGCUGCUACUCUUCUGCAGAAAGUUCCCAACACCCAUUUGUCAUCUAUUGUUACAACCUCUGACCUCUCUCAAGGGCCUGGUCACCAAUCUUCUUUAUCUCAGAUUCCUCCAGCCAUCCCCAACGUGCCUCACCAGCCAACAGUGUUGCUGAGCACAGCCCCUGACAGUGCUUCUCCCUCCACACAUCCUGGGACACAGAACGUACCAAGCCCCGCUGGCCUGCCACGCUGUCGAUCAGGCAGUUAUACCAUUGGCCCCUUUUCCUCUUUCCAGAGUGCUGCACAAAUCUACAGCCAGAAACUGUCUCGUCCCUCUUCAGCAAAGGCAGCAGGUUCGGGCCAUCCAAAUAAGCAGCAUUCAGGAGCAGCCAAAACGCAAAAGGAGGGAGAAGAUGUUCCUUCAUAUAGCCGGCGGUACAAUCAGAGCAUGGUGACUGCUGAACUUCAGCGGCUCGCUGAGAAGCAGGCGGCGCGGCAGUACUCGCCCUCCACUCACAUCAGCCUCCUCACCCAGCAGGUAUCAAACCUGAAUUUGACAAGCGGUGUCAUAAACAGAAGCAGUGCUUCAACUCCCCCCACCCUUCGGCCUGUCAUCAGUCCUAGUGGCCCAACCUGGUCAAUUCAGUCAGACCCCCAAGCUCCUGAGAGCCACCCCACUCCUCCUGGAAGCAGGCUACGUGUCAACUUGGAUGAGGAAGACGCUGUGAGGGGCCUCCAGACAGGUGGCUUUGCCUGGGAGGGAGAGGUAGAAAACAACGCGUAUAGCAAGGCUACCGGGGUAGUCCCCCAGCACAAGUAUCACCCCACAGCUGGCAGUUACCAACUGCAUUUUGCCCUGCAGCAACUUGAACAACAAAAACUUCAGUCCCGGCAGCUUCUGGACCAGAGUCGAGCCCGGCACCAGGCUAUCUUUGGCAGCCAGACACUACCUAACUCCAAUUUAUGGACAAUAAAUAAUGGUGCAGCUUGCAGAAUUUCAAGUGCCACGGCUGGUGGCCAGAAGCCAGCCACUCUGCCACAGAAAGUGGUGCCACCUCCAAGUUCUUCCUCGUCCCUGGUCCCCAAACCCCCAUCCAAUCACAAACAAGUCCUCAAAAAGGCAACAUCGCAGAGGGCUUCCAAAGGGUCCACCACAGAAGGGCAGCUGAACGGACUCCAGAGCAACCUUAACUCUGCUUCAGCCGUACCCAUCGCCAACUCCUCAGGAUCUUUGGAAGCUCCCCAAGUUAUUUUCGCCAGAUCCAAACCUUUGCCCACCCAAUCUGGAGCCCCUGCUACAAUUAUAGGACAGAGAAAAUCAAAGUCGGUGAAGUCAGGGCCAAUUUAAGAUCCUGCUCCCUCUAAGAGAUGAGCCACGAGAGCGUGCGGAGGAAGGACCUGCCCACUGCUCCUCUGCCCCUGGUGCAGCUGGGGUCCAUAGUAUUUUUUUUGCUGCCUCAGUCCCCAAGGCCUUCCAGCAGAAGUGGCAGUAGUGGGUUGCCAACCAGCCAAUCCAGCCUUUCCCUGAGAGGACAGGAAAACACAUCAGCUGGAUUCAUGGAACUUGGCAGAGGGGGCCUUCAGCGGAUGCGUGAUCUACCCCGUCAGAGCACACGUGUAUCUUCCCCCCCCUUCCCCCUCCCCCCACCUGCUUAGGUAUCUCUGUCCCUCUCCUGCUGCCACACACAGAUGAUAUAAAAGAGGCUCUUUGGCUAUUUGCAUUGCGCUUCCUCUUCUUUUCCAGAUUGCAGUAUUAACUUUACUCCCCACAACACUGUCCACCAGCGUUGCCCUUCCCUUUUGGGGGGGGGGGGGGGGGAGGGGAGGGGAGGGGAGCUUCCGGCACGGGUUUCCCGGAGAGGAGGAAAGUCAGGGUGCCGCUGACCACACGGGCCACGGCAAAGGCACCCUUUGGCAUUGCUGAUUUCUAAAAUUAAUAAAGUAAUUCUAUUUUUA